UCAAAGACAACUUGAGUGAACGCGCACGACAAAUUCUGUACCAAUGGCAUCACCACUGGUCUCCCGAGCUCCACAAUGCAUGUCCUGUGUCCGCCGCAUCUCUGGCAGCUUAGCAGACAGCUUCAGCAUCCACGCAGGCCAGCAAGUCCGUGGAAAGAAGAAGCUUGCUAAAGUCUCGACCAUCCGGGUUCAAUUGAAACAGAAUGUGCCUGGAUAUGGCAGAAGAGGUGCUGUCAUUGGAGUCACUGCAGGGGUGAUGCGAAACAUCUGGUAUCCUAAAGGAAUGGCAGAAUAUGUCACUGCGGCCAAGCAAGAAGAAUUGGGCGUGAAGAAGGACAGUGGAUUGGAAAGAGAUUCUACUUUCAGGAGCAACACGGAAAUAAAGGUUGAAAGGCAAUCAGAUAUGCCAGAGGUGAAGGAGGAGGAGGUUCUUCGGCCUCCGCCGCCUAUACCUUCUCUAGUAGAAGAAGUAUAUCGCGAGCCACAGACACCGCAGAUACAAUUGGAGCUCAUGAGUCCCGAAAAAGCGAAAUCCAUUCUAGAAGAUCUACUACCACCAAAUCUAGACUUCUACCGAACUACCAUUACCAUACCGAAAAAGAUAUCGCCUUCCAUAUCUGCUUCUGCAGUCAUAGCUUCUGGUGCAGCAAGAUCUGCGAAGUCAGAGGAGAGCAACAAAAUCCAUGGAUCAGUCUCGACGAGUGACAUUGCUGCGAACCUCAAAGCUAUAUUAGCGGAGGACGAAGAAGGAUCUCGUGUUGUGGUUUCACCUGAACAAAUAUCUUUUGUCCAGGAAACGCAAGACAAGGACCGUGUGAAACAAUUGGGGGUUUUCCAGAUUGAGAUCAAACUGGAGGGAGCAGGAAACCCUGUUCGAAGAACCAUUCAAGUCAAUGCUCAGAGCUGAACCAGGGAGCAUGUAUUAUACUGAACAUACGAUAUGUAACAUCACUGCAUUUUGUUGUCAAUCUGGAUGGAUAUAAGGAGGCUGAGAGCUGUGUGCGGAAUAAAGGUUUGUCUCUUGUUUAGGAGUAUUAUAUACCUAGUAAGAUCUUAUCUCAAGUGAGGAGGAAUUU